GGGAACCUCGCGCGGUCGGAACGCUCCUCGAGGCAGCGCUCCAGCGCUGGCCGACCGGGGAUCAGCCCCAGGAGGAGGGCUGCCUGCAUGGAGAAGAUCCCGCAGAUCGAGCGCAGCGUGCGCCUGCAGGAGCGCGUGGGGCCCAAGCCGCCCGCGCAGGAGACGUUCCCGACGCCCUGGGGGCCGGAGGACGACAAGCGGACCCGAGGCAACUUCCCGGUCAGGCGCUACGUGAAGGAGUGCCAGCACAGCGGGAUCGUCUUGGGGCUUCAGCCGUUUGUCACAGGCCACUCCGAGAUGCUGCGGUUGGGCAACCACGGCCUGGUGGACACGGACCUGGCUGCCAUCACGGCCGUGGUGCCGGGCGUGCCGCUGCGGGACGUCGACCUCGGGGGCAACCUGCUCCUCUCCGACCGGGCCCUGGAGGCCUUCCUGAGUGCCGUGAUGGCGACGCAGCCUCCGGCGCUGGCGAGGCUGAGCCUGCACAGGUGCGUCGGGAUAGGCCAGCACACCCUCGGGCGGCUGACGGGCCUGCUGAACGGCCCGCAGCAGUGCGCGAAGCUUCUGCGCCACCUGGACCUCGGCGGGGUGACCAUCAGCAUGAGGUUCUACCUGCCCCUGUGCGUGGCGCUGCGCGAGCACGGCGCGAUCACGAACCUGUGCCUGGCCGCCACGGGCCUGGGCGAAAUCUCCGACUCGCUGAGCAUGCAGAGCAUCACGGAAUUGUUGGCCAGCCCCGGGCUCGACAAGCUCGACCUCGGUUGGAGCUGCUUCUCCAGAGAGGUCUUUACCCACCUGGGCCGGCGGCUCUCCGAGAACCGCACGCUGCGCUCGCUGCUGGUGGGCAAUUGCUCUUCGGCCGCCUCGCUCGGCGAGGCGUCGAGCCCGGUGAUGUUCUUCCUGGAGCUGCUGGGGGGCUGCUCCUCCCUGACCAAGCUCGACCUGUCCCUGAACCGCAUGGGGUAUCAAGGCGGCCUUAUCCUGGAGGACCAGCUGGAGAAGCACGAGAACCUCAGGGAUCUGAUCGUCUCGCACAAUCCGCUGGGCGUGCUGGGCAUGCGCCACCUGUUCCGGCUGCUGAUGCGCCCCACCUCCAAGCUGAAGGUGCUGACCUACGACAAGUGCAGCCAGAGGGCCUCUGGCGACACGGGCCGCUCCAACCUGCUGAGCGCUUCGCGGCCGGGCGGCAAGUUCACGUUCAACUUCUCUCGGCCGUACGAUCGCGCUCUGCUGCGGAUGUUGUACAAGGCGUGCGAGCGGCUGGGCCUCAACCCAGAGGCGGCCUUCACCAACAUCUCCGCAACGCCGCCGUACCACCACCCGGCCUCGUCUGUCAACGGGGCGUGGGAGGUGCCCUCGAGCGGCAGGCUGUGCGCCAGGUUCAGCCUCGUGAACGCCAGGCAGGGGGUCCUGCGGGUGGUGCCCGAACACGACUUCGACGGCUUCCUGCGCGAGCAUUUCAAGGUGGUGCGGCUGCAGCUGAGCUUCGAGAAGGUGAUCCCGAUCAUGGCCACCUUCAAGAUGAACGCUGCGAAAGUUCAAGAGCAGAUCGCGCUCCUCGAUGUGCUGUCCAGGGAUUUCUCGACCUCGUAUCCCAGCAUCAGGCUGCUCUGCACGGGGCAGGAGAUCGCAGCGGACGUGCUCGAGCGGCUCCUGCCCACGAUGGAGGGCGGCCGGGAGGUUGCCUACCUCACCCAGCUGGUGGUGCCGAGCAUCAACACGCACCUGCGGCUCCGCGCCCGGAUGCAGGCGUUCUUCGGCUUCAACCCCGAGAACCCCACGGGCCACUACAGGCUCGACCUGGGCUGCGCCUCCGACUUUGCGGUCGCGGAGCGCCUGCUGCUGCUGGACCGCUGGGAGGCCGGCGCGGAGGAGCGGCGCGGCCUGGUCGACGUGUCCAGCCGGGGCAUGCGCUCGCACCUCCGCGACGAGACGUACCAGCAGGACACCCUCGACGUCGACUGCAUCUCGGACUGGUUCAUGCCCGAGCACGGCUUCUUCGAGUUCGACUACGUGUCCGGCCGGCGCCCGCCGCCGGGCGCGGGCGCGCUCUCCGAGGGCCAGUUCCGGCACGUCAUGCACGAGCUGCAGCGGCAGGCGCUGCGCCCAGCGCAGCGCGUCCGCGCGCUACGGACCGUCGCGCACAAGCUGUACCUGAAGGCCGCGCAGGUGCGGGAGUUGUUGACCAUCUGCGGGCAGAAGCAGGACUGCGCCGACGUGGUGGUGAUGCUCUUCUUCCGGCUGGUGGACCCGGAGAACGAGAAGAUCUGCCGGGUGUACUUUGACGACCCGCAGGACGUGUUCAAGAUCUGGAACCGCCUGGGCAGCCUGCCGUGCUUCCCCUUCGUGCAGCCCGAGCAGACCGAGUUCGAGUUCCACUUCCACCGGCGGGACCACCGGCUCGCCGCCAACCUCCUGUUCAACCUGGCCGACAAGGAGGGCACGAGCAACCUGAAGGACAUCCGAUUCGUGCUCCCCAACGGCAAGGUCGACCCGCUCGAGAGAGGCGUCCCGCGCACCUGGAGCUCCGUGGACCGGAUCCCCACGGGCGGCAUCUUCUCCGUGAGGUACGGCUCUUCUCCCGAGGACCGCAAGAUCGAGUUCCGGAGUCGCAUGGCGAACACAUACGGCUAUUGGCAGAUGGACACGGACGAGGAUAGGGUGCAGUGGUGCGCCAACCUGCACGACUGCCCCAAGGAUCUGUUCUCCUUCGUGGACUUCCUCCGCUGGCACUAUGCGACAUUCCAGGACGCGUUCCUGGCGAUCGUCGGGAAGGGCAACGCGUUCAUCUCCAUGAGCCAGUUCGAGAUCGGCAUGGAGCGGAUCCAGUGCGAGCGGUUCGCCGGGCCGGACGAGAAUCAGCGCAUCCGAGACCUGUUCAGAUACAUCGACGGGAACAUGAACGGAAAAGUCUCCCUCAAAGAGUUCGUUUCCUUGGACCAGUUCGUCAGGGAGCUCACUCUCAUCGUUCAGGUGUUCAUGCAGGUCCUCGGCGUGCGGACGGGCGACAGCAGCCUGCAGGACACCGCCUCCGGGGGGCGCCGCAUCGCGGGGCCCCGGGGCGGCUGCUCGCGGACCUCAGGGCCCUCGCACCUCGUGCGCAGCCGCCUCUGCUCGAGCCCCGCGCACCGCGCCAUGGCUGCCGGCCGCAGCGCAGACAUCGGCGAGCUGCUGGCCGCCGCGGCGUCCUUCGCGCAGCAGGCGCCGCCCGCGGCGCCCGCCGCGGCGCCCGCCGCCGAGCGCCCCUGCGCGGGAGGCCCCGGGCCGGCGCGGGCGCCACCAGCCGCCGAGGAGGGCGCACCGCACGCGGGGCAGCCCUCGGCCACGGACGCAGAGCGCGCCGCCUUCGAGGUGGAGGAGCUGCAGGUCCGGUUGUCAUGCGCCCGCCGGCGGCAUGAGGCUGCCCAGGCGCACCGCGCCGCGGCGCUGGCGGCCUGCCCCGCCGCGGCGGCCUCCGCGGCGCCGACCCCUGCGCUGCCGCGCGGCGGACCAGCGCGCGUGGCGCAGCUGGAGCAGCUGCUGCAGGCCGCCGCGCUGCGGCGCGCGCUGUUCCUCGCGCGGCUGCACGAGGCCGCUGGCGUGGGCGGCCGCGGCGCCGUCGGGCUGCUGGCGCAAGCGGAGCGCCUGCGCGCCGCCCUCGCCGCGGCCGCGCAGGCGUCGGCGGCGGAGGCCGCCGCGGCGGCCCCGGCGGGCCCGCCAUGUGCGCUCGGGACGCGGUGGUGGCACGAGCUGCCGCCCAGGCUGCGGAGCUGCGAGGGCUGGGCCAGGGCCUGGGCCACGUCUGGCAGCGCCCGGCCGUCGGAGAAGCUGUCCGAGUGCGUGGAGGACCGCCGCCGCUUCUUCGAGAGGUACCUGGCCGCGCGCGACCUGUGGCUGCACCCCGCCGCGGCCUCGGCCCGCGGCGGCGAAGGCGACGGCCCCCACGACGGUGACCUGCGCUUGUACGUCGACUCCACCAAAUCGCAGCUCCUCUCCGCCAUCAACCAGAUCCAAGGCUCCAUCGCUCAGCUCACCUCCACAGUCAAUGACAGCUACGCCGCGCUGGGCAAGCAGGUCGAAUCGCGCCUCGCUGGAGUCGAAGCCACCCAAAGAAAGCAGGCCGCCACCAUCGUCGCUUUGGACAAAAAGAUUGCCGAGAUGCAGCAGCAACUGGGUAUCAUGCGUACUGAGGUGCCCACGAAGAAGGAGAACAGCUCCAACUUCGCGCGCCCGCCCGACCCGACGAUCCUUGUGUGCCGCUCCAAGAACCUCAUCACCCGUGAGAGCCUGGGCAAUGCGAUUUCCGAUUGGCUCGUCGCUGCCAACAUCUCGCCCGAGGACUUCGAGGUGGUGGGCGAGCCCGCCAGUAAGCGCCAUGUUCUGCAGUUCAAGGGCAGCGCGGGCUACGCCGCCCGCAAGGUCGAGAUGGCCGUCACGGCUCUCAAGUUGGGGCCCAACAAUUGGCGUCGCUUUUCCGCAUUGGAUACGCUUCAGGCCCGAGUGGAGGUUCACAUUUCGCCCGACAAGUCCAUGUAUCAGAUUAAGUCGGAGCUCCUGCUCAAACAAAUCCGCCGUGUUCUCAACGAGCUCUAUCCUCACAUUGAGAUCUUCACCAACAAAGCCCGCGGAGAGCUGUCGCACAAAUGGCAGCCGCUUCUACGAGUCCUCCCCAGCCAGGACGCCGAUCACGUCGUGGAGUUCGCGCAGACCAAUCUCACCGCCUGCCAGAUGGACAAGGCUCGCAUCCAGACGGCGAUCGCGAGCUUCCUGUCCAACGAGCAGCGGGUCGAGUGGCUCAGAGACCGUAAGCUGAGCUACCUCGCCAAGCUUGUGCACUCUCACGCCAUUGUCUCUGUCCAGGAGGCGUUGGUGCAGGGACGGGUCCUGCGUCUGAAGUUUUGUUUCGAGGAGAAUGUUUCCCUGGUUCUGUACAAUGUCCACAAUUUUGGUUUCAACGCCUCGACCAGGGACAGGGUUCUCAGGCACAUCCAGAAUGACCUCCAGGAAGCUGAGUCUGACCCCCUUCGGAAGCUUGUGAUCGUCCAUGGGGACUUCAAUAUCGCCGCGGCCCAGCCCGUCCCCCUGGACCACUUCGCCCCGACGGACCCCUCCCAGGAGCUGGCCCCGUCAGGCACCUCCCAGGAGUUCCCCGUCGCCGCCUCGUCUCAGGACCCUCGGAGGACCUCUGAUCGCGCCUGGGACAACGUCUUCGCUAAGUUCGUUGAGCUUGACAGCGAUGAUUUCACGCACUACCACGCUGUGCGCCCUGAUCUUUACGCUACGCCCGAAUACGCAGCCUUCAUUAAGUCAGUGCUCGAGCAGGUCAACACCGACGACCUGUCUGUGCCGCAGUUGCUUGAUUUUCAUAAGAUGGUCAUGAAAGAGGCAGCCAGACACGCUCGUGAUUCCAUUAUCAUCAAACGUCCGCUCGAUUCCCUCUCCUGCUACGUCGUGAUCCGAUCCAUCGCCAGAGCCCUUAAGAAUCAAGACCGUUCGCUCGCUGAGAAACUCGUUCGCGCUCACGUCCUCGCUCGAGAUCAUUUGGAGUUGCCGCCUUUCACGACCACAGUUGAGCUGAAGGACCCGACGAGGUUCACGCAGCAGUCUAACGAUAUCCACUUGCGCAUGCUGGCCGACGCCCAGAAGCGCAUCAAGAAGCAGUUAGGUGAAGAGACCCCAGCCCGUGUGAGAGCCAAGCUUGCCAGGAAACUCAAAGGCCUCGAACGCCGUGGAAAGCUCUGGCUCCCGUGGGGCCGCAAGUUGGGCCUCGCUGGUCUCGCCCUCCCCGAUGGAUCCGUCACCACCGACCCCAACCAGAUGCUCGCUGGGCUGGCCUCACACUGGGGGGAAGUUUUCUCUGCAAAGCCCACCGACUCUGCCGCCGCGCAGGUGUAUGUCCAGAAGUUCUUAGGUAACAUUGACCUCUCCAAUAUCAAGCCCCCCACGGAAUACGACAUCGCCCGCCAUCUCCGAAGGUGCCCCCCUAGUGCUCCUGGACCCGACGGGCUCCCCUACAAGGCUUGGCAGUUCCAUCCCGAAGGCCCCCGAGUCCUCGCCGAAGUCAUGCACUGGACCCUGCAGGGCUUCUCAAUGGGAUCAAGUUUCAACGAUGUUCGCGGCGUCUACCUGGCAAAAGGCGAUGAGCCUGGUGACGGCGCUGGCCCAUUCAUGCUUCGCCGAGAGCACGCCUCCCUGGCCAGUAUCUUUGCGGUCGCGCACUGCGACUUAGCCCGGGCUGACUUCUUCCACCUCCAGGCCAGAGGUGUGAUCGAGUCCAUCGACUGGCCUCCUGUCCAGGCCGCCAUUCUUAAGCUUCAACCUCAUUGGUCUCAGGCGCGCGUGCGGCGGGCGGAGGGCCGCCAUCGGGCGCGCUUCGGCACUGUGGCGCGGCUGGAGCGGCUCGUGGCGGAGGAAUUCUACGGGAUCCCCACAGGGUCCUACAGCGCCGCGCCGCGCCCGCCGCCAGCCAUGGGGGACGGGGCAGAGGCGGAGCCAGAUCCUUACCUGGAGCUGUACUCCGACGACGACCGGGAGCCCAGGGAGCCUCCGCGGGGCCGCGGCGUGCUGCCCCGCGGCGCGGCCCGCAGGAUCGCGGCCUCCCUCGGGGCGGCGCCGCCGGGCGCCGCGGCGCGCCGCCCCGAGCUCGGCCCGCCGAGCGGCGCGGGCGCGGCGCCCGAGGGCCUGCGGGCGGGGCCGCUGCUGCUGGAGUUCUCCCGCGCGGUGGUGCCGCUCGCGUGCUUCAUCGUCGUCUACAUCGGCCUGCUGCUGGAGGAGUGGGUGCUCACCUUGGAGAUGGCGGGCGGCCUGGGCUGCGUCAUCGUCGGGCUCGCCCUGUUCAAGUACGGCCUGACGACGGGCUUGAUGCCCUUCGGCGAGUCGAUCGGCCGCCGCCUGCCGCAGAAGGCGGCGCCCCCGGUGGUGUUCCUGGCGAGCCUGCUGCUGGGCGUGCUCGUGACCUUCAGCGAGCCCGGCAUCAACAGCCUCCAGCUCGUCGGCGAGAUCCUGCACCGGCGGGCCGCCCUGCAAGGAGCCGCCGCCGGGCGCGGGGGCGCCAGCGCCGAGGGCCCCGGCGGCGCGCCGCGACGCGGCGACGAGCUGCUGGUGCGGGUUCUGAGCCCGGAUAGGUCGUUCGAGCUGCUGUCGGCCGUCGCGUGCGGCGUGGGCGUCGCCUCGGCGUGCGGGCUCCUCAGGCUGCAGCGCGGCUGGAGCAUCAAGCCGAUCAUCUUCGCGUCCACGGUGCCCCUCUUGUGCCUCACUGCGGUUUGCUGGCAGUCCGAGGAGCUCUCCCGGGUGGUGGGCCUCGCGUGGGACUGCGGGGCCAUAACCACGGGCCCCGCCACGGUGCCCAUCGUGCUCUCCCUCGGCAUUGGCGCCGCGCAGGCGUCGAGGCAGCACCUCCCCGCCGCCCCGGGCGGCAGCGAGCUGGACGGUUUCGGCAUCGUGACGCUG